ACUGCUGUGUGCAUACUUUUACUUUUUUAAUUGUUUUUUACUUUUUAUCUUAGGUUGUGUGGAUGGGAGCCACAUCCCUUGCUUGCCUCCAAGUGAUGGCUACAGAGACUUCAUAAACAGGAAGGGAUGGCCAUCCUAUGUCCUCCAGGGAGUCUGUGAUGACAAAUACUGUUUUUGGAGUGUGAGCUGCAAAAUGCCUGGUUCAGCACAUGACGCCAAUGCACUCCGCCAGUCAAAUCUGUUCAACAAUGCACAAUCCUUCCCAAAGAGAGCAGUGCAGAUCGAGGGGCAGGAUGUGGAUUUCUUCCUGCUGGGAGAUCCUGCGUACCCGCUGUUGCCCUGGCUAAUGAAGGGCUAUCUGCAGUCCCCAAGACUGACACCACAAGAGGAAAGCUUUAACGUCUAUUUGAGUUCUGCUAGAACAACUAUAGAGAUAGCAUUUGGUCGACUGAAAUCUCGUUUCCGUGUUCUGUUGAAGCGCAGUGACUUCCAUUUCACUUUCACACCAUACGUGGUAGCAACCUGUUGUGCUCUACACAACUUUUGUGAGAUGGAGAAGGAGCAUGUUAAUCCCAGAUGGGCAGAGGAGGCCACAUCAGUAGAAAGGCUGUUUCCACAGCCUGUGUCACAGGUAAAUAGGGCUGAUAACAGUGCAGCCUCAGCUAUCAGACGGGCCUUAACAGAUUACCUUGCUGCACGUGUCCCACUCCGUAAGCGCUUAGUAAGAGCAUGAGUGUGCAGGACGAACGGGUCUGAUAGGAAACAAACAACGUUAAACUGUAAGCUCGAUAUUUGUCAAACAGCUGUAUUUUCUAAGUUUUAUAAGAUGUUUAUCUGCCUUCUCCUUUGUUGCUGUGCACUUCUGAAAAAGAACAGUUAUAUGCAAUGCUCAAAUAAAAUGUCAACAAAUACAAGUUUUCUAGUAAGUUUAAUAAAACAUUGGUUCUUUAAUAAAGCACAUAACAAAAUAACAUUCUGGUUUUGCUUUUUACAUGUGAGGUAAAACAGAGGUUCAAGUAAGGCGCUAUGGCGCACCUAUCCUUCCAUAAUGGAGAAUAAAUACAUCAACUACUAUGGCAGAACAAGGCUCGAGAUGUAAAUAUAUUGCACAUAUGUGGAACAAAGAGUUUUUGAAAAUGUUUGUUACAUAAUAAAAAAAGAAGGUGUACAAAAGCUGCAAAAAAGGUGCAAAGUUUAAAAUUCUCACAAAAAUAAUUUUCUACAACAAACUUCAUAGGAAAUGCACAAAAACAACUGUCAAAUAGAUGAAUGGAUUAUAAGGUGGGACACUACAGUUGGCAGAAUGGUGUAGAAUCUUGGUCCUCGCUGUGAUCAUGUUCAGGCUGAUUGUUAUGAGAAUAGGGAAAUCGAUGUGGAGGAGCAGGUGGUUGCCUGUUAUCAAAAUGGUUGUUGUAUGGCUGAAACAUAGGCUGUGAAUGAGAAUUACUAAACAUGGGUUGAGGAGUUGGCCGCUGGAAUAAUGCACCUAACCCUGUGAGGAGUUGUGUAACAACCAAACCCAUUGAACGGGUCGAUUCAGAAAACAUUUGAGACAUGAAUGCCUCAGCACUGGC